AAGAAAACACAGAAGAAGAAGGAGGACAUGCGCAUGCGCGCUUUGACGCCUCAGCUCUAUGAAUCUGUGUGAGAUUAGCUGAGCCUGGCUGUUGUUAGCUGCCGCCGUUAGCCUGUGCGGUGUUUUUGCGGGUUCUCUUAGCCUGUUUCAAACGCAAGUCUUCCCGCCAGCUGGAUAAAUAAAAAAGGAGCUCCGGACAAACAUGUCCACCGCGCUGGAGAGCUACAUCAACCGUACGGUGGCCAUCGUCACUUCAGACGGCAGGAUGAUCGUGGGAACUCUGAAAGGCUUCGAUCAGACCAUCAACCUCAUCCUGGAUGAGAGUCACGAGCGCGUCUUCAGCUCCAGUCAGGGCGUGGAGCAGGUGGUGCUGGGACUCUACAUCGUCAGAGGAGACAACGUAGCGGUGAUCGGUGAGAUCGACGAAGAGACCGACUCCACGCUGGACUUGGGGAACAUCCGAGCCGAGCCGCUCAACUCUGUGGUUCACUGAGCUCACCGUCUCCACGGCAACAGUGGACUCAGGGGGAGGGGUCUGCUGCAGCGGGAGCCGUGGAGAUGAAGAUCUGAGGGUGAUCAGAGUCUUCCUCCUCCAACAGACUGUUCUGAUGUUUCCACGUUUGUAUUUUUAUAAAGGAGGUUUGAGUCACGGUCUUCAUCUCCAACAGAGAAAAGUUGAAUAACGUUGGAUUUGAUUCUUUUCAUUUUGCUUUAAGGUGAAACCAAGACUCAAAAAAAGACUUGAGUUUGUUUUAAAGCACAAAGUUCUGCUUUUCUUCAGCUCCAUGUUCUCGUCUUUCAGGGAAGAACAAAUAAAUGUGUGAAAAUGUUUUCCUUUUA